CAAUAAUCCAAGACGCUGUUCUCGAUGUGAUGUCACGUCCAGAAGUUCGGAGGGAAAGGCAUCAAUACACACCGGGUGAUGCCAACUCCAGGUUCCGUCCAGGGACGGGGGAGAAGCACCCCAAAGCUCCCCUUGGGUCAGCUCUUGUUAACAAUGCUAUAGAGUAACAAUCAAUCUCACUUCUAUCUCGAAGAAAACAUUUCGAGAAGCUAGAAUCAAGAACCAGUCGACAACGAAUCUCCAGGUCACCCUGGAUUCUUUCCUUCCUGAUAACUGCGUCAUCUGAAGUUGGUUUGAUUCAUCACAAAGCCAAAUUAUUCUGAAGACACAUUGAGCUCAGAAUAAGAGAUGUCAAGAACCACAUCCACCUCCAGGGCCUGGUACUUUUCUAUGGAAAGGACAAUAAUUGCGGCCGACGUAUGGAGCCGAACUUUACUGGGACGAUUGCAUUACACAAUCGGACGAUCUACCUCCAAAGUUCAACGUCUCCAGUAUUUCGUGAAUGGCUCAGUAUCGGGAGGUGAAAAACUGAGUUGGGAACUCAAAGAAGGAAAUAUUGCUGCUUACGCUGUACAGGGUAGGAGAGGUCGCAUGGAAGAUAGAUUUGUGGUAAAAGAAGAUAUCAACAAAACAGGCGUGUCUUUGUUCGCUGUAUUUGAUGGCCACGGCGGAGAGUUCGCUGCUAAUUACGCUCGAGACAAGUUAAUACAAAACUUGUACAACAAAGUUAUCGAAUUGAAACGAUUAAUAUCCGAAGGAAAACAUUUGCAAGAUGUGUCAUACACAUCUCCCAGUGCAAAUGCCGAUAAAGUUGAGAGAGCCAAAGAUACCGAGAAGAAAACCGAACCGGUUGAAAGAAAGAAAAGUUUCAGAAAGACGUUAAGUACAUCGCAAACUGAUGAUUGUGUCAAGAAACAGAUGAAUGUGACCGACCCAGAGCUUCUAAAAAGACUUGACAGCUUCGCCAGAAUCACAAGAGAAGUUCGCCCAACCAAAUCUCAGCCAUUACCCACAAAACCUGUCACUAGUUAUUUGGAUUCAAAUGGAGCUAUUAAUUAUGGCAGUUUAAUUACAGAUGAGGUCCUAGCCGCUGAUCGAUUAUUAGUGGAGGCUGCUAAAAAGAGCUUGGAUGUAGCUGGAACUACAGCUCUAAUAGCAUUGCUGGAAGGAUCUCGCUUGGUGGUGGCAAAUGUUGGAGAUUCCCGAGGUGUUAUGUGUGAUAGCAAAGGGAAUGCUAUACCUCUUUCUUUUGACCAUAAACCACAACAGAUGCGGGAAAGGAAGAGGAUUGAAGAAGCUGGAGGAUUUGUUACCUUCACAGGAGUGUGGAGAGUUGCUGGCAUCCUUGCCACUUCUCGUGCUUUGGGCGACUACCCGCUGAAAGAUAAAAAAUUGGUAAUUGCUGAUCCUGAUAUUCUGACUUUUGACCUAGAAGAUCACAAGCCUAUGUUCUUGGUGCUGGCAUCAGAUGGGCUGUGGGACACGUUUACCAAUGAGGAGGCUGUUCAGUUUAUCAAGGAGCGUCUGAAUGAGCCUCAUUUUGGUGCCAAAAGCAUAACUCUGCAAUCAUAUUACCGUGGCUCGCUAGACAAUAUCACAGUUCUAGUUAUAAACUUUAAAGAGCAAAAGUGGAGUUAUGUGUCAAUGCAAAAGCGAGAUUAGCUGUAAGGGGUUUAAAUGUUUGCACAGAAAGGCCUAUCCUGAAUUUGUAUGUCUGAGAAUCGUGUAAGUUAAUAUGAUUUAAAUAUGUACUUACACUAGUGAUGUGAAUAUCAAAGAUUUGUGUGUAUAAGCUGCACAUGAAGCAGUCUGAUAUUUUUAAACAAGUGUAUUUUUGUGAUUGGUAUUUACACUAUUUUUUAAUAAUUAGUGGGAACUGACUAUUGUCGUCCAUGUUAUUUGUAACCCUAUUUUCUUCAGAGUUUAUUGUGAUGGUUGAAUAGUGUAGAAUGAAGUGUACCAAGUAUGACAUCAAAACAUUCUAGUCACAAAUGUUUAAAACUAAUGUGCCAAUGUCUUUAUGGGUAUCAACAGGGACUGAUGAAAAGCUCAAACCAAAGGUUUGCUCAUAACUUCAGUAUUUCUUUGUUAUAGAAUUGUUUUACAUGUAUCCCUUUCCUAUGGCUUUUCCAGUGCAAAAUUGUAUGUUAAUCUUUCCAUGUUUCAGAUCUGGAUUGUUAAAAUAAAUGUAUUGUCUCAAAGGUGUUGAGAUCAUGCUUCAUAAAUCUUUACCCUUUUAUACACACCUCAGAAUCCUAAAUGUUUUAGGUGAGGAAAAAUAAUUUGCUGCUUCAAGACUUGGUCAUUUAUAUUUAGGCAUUUCAGUAUAUUAAAAGCAAUGUUGAAGUG